AUGAAUUCCGCAUUGCUAAAAGGUAGUACUCCUGGGGCUGAUGGUACUGUAUCAGAGAGUGGUUGGUGCAAUAGUGAAAUCUUUAAGCACUAUCUCCAAUCACAUCUGAUAAAGUACUUUCCAGAAAGAUCUGAAUCUUGCCCAGUUGUUUUAUUUUAUGAUGGGCAUAGAUCUCAUAUUAAUCUUAAUAUUGUUCAGUGGGCAAGGCAAGAACACAUUAUUUUAUUUAUUCUUCCUGCUCAUACCUCUCAUGUACUUCAGUCCAUGGAUGUAGGUUGUUUCGGACCUUUUGAAAAUUUUUUCAAUAGGUGCGGACACAAAUUUAUGAGGGAGACAUGUGGAAGGUCCAUCACAAAAUUUGACAUAUGUCAGUUGGCGUGCAGUGCCUAUUUAAAGGCACUGUCACCCGAAAACUUACAGUCUGCUUUCAGAAAGUCAGAAAUUUUUCCUCUGAACCAAAAUGCUGUAAAUCCUUCACACUUUCUCCCUUCCACUGCUUUACAGCAGGAGAAAUCACAGUCAGAACCAUGCAGCCAGCCAGGACUUGAACCAUCUAACAUGCCGGGAUUCGAACCUUCGACCCAGUCUAACAAUGAACCAUGCAUCGAGUCUGACGUUGUUAUAUCUAAAACUGUCUCUCCUGCUUCUUUUUUCACAAAUAAAGAAACCUCAAUGACAUGUAAGAAGCCACCUACUAAGAAAAGAAAAUAUUUAAGUACGAUUGUGAGUGGUAAAGCAAUUACAGAGGAUGAUAUGUUUGAAGCAAUUAAAGAACAUGAAGCUGCUCGCAAACCAUCAAGUACAGGUAAAGGGAAUAAAACAUCAGAGAAAGGUAAAAAACAAAAGAAAAGUAAUAAAUCUGACCCUGUCCCUAGUACCUCUGUCAUCAGAAAGCAGACUGAAGUUUUUACAAAUGUUGAUGGUGAUGAUGAUGGUGAUGAUGAUGGUGAUGAUAACUCUAUUGAUGAAUCUGAAAAAUGUUGUGUGUGCAACAAAUUCACACCUGAUGAAGUCAGGGGAAUAGUGUGUCUUUGCUACAGCCUGUUGUGA